AUCUUGACUGUGGCAAUAGUUGACGUGUCGACGUUUUGUUUUGAUUGUGUUGUUAGCAGUGUCGAUAUUAGCACAACCACGGUGAAAGUGAUCGACUUAUUACAAAUAAGGUAGGAAAUGACUGGGUUACAUACGAAAAACUACAAAUUGGAGUUUGUUAAUGAAGAUAUCACCGACCUGAAGGUGGAUGCUAUAGUCAGCUCCAUUCAUCGGAGUAAACAAAUGACGUCAUGCUGCCUCUCAAGUCGCGUGCGGCAGAAAGCUGGGAGCAGCGUGCAGGAGGAACUGAAUCGUAUGAAAGGUGAGCUGUGGUUUGGUCAAGUGGUCAGCACAGCUCCAGGUCAGCUUAAAACUCGUGUGCGCAGCAUCCUGUUCGUGUGUCUGUUGGCGUGGAGAGAAGGGAACGAUGAGGCAAUAAAAUCAGUGGUAUACGAGUGCUUGGAACUGGCGUCCAGUAAAAACUACACGAGCAUUGCAUUCCCGGCACUAGGCACGGGCGGUUUUAAGUACCCCCAGCACAAGGUAGCACUGGCCAUGUGUAAAGGUGUAGUUGAGUACUUCGUCAUGAAUCCCGACACGUCACUGAAACAUGUCAAGGUCGCUCUACCCCUCAGUGACAAGACGCAGCUUAAGUCUGUGCAGUGUUUCCUGCAAACAGCCGUGGCCUUCCUAGAGGGCGUGAACUUUAUUGAUCCCGACCAAUCAAAACUCACCAGCGUGUCAAUCAAUGGUGUCGGUGCCUUUAAUGGCCUUGAGGGUCAGAGAGUUCAAACGUCAGAGAGACGCCAGACACAGCUGCCGUCGUUGCCAUCAGUGACCACUGCUCUGGUCAACACGUGUGCCGACACAAUGACCGGCAUGCCUGGUGCUGUGUUCAGCCUUGCAGGCAGUCCGAUGUCUGGCAUUUCCUGGAGCGUCUCGCCAAGCUUCGAUCUCAAACAGGGAGCCUUCAUGGUUACAGCUACUGGCAAGGUUCAAAUAGGCCCGUUUUUAAAAUCGUUACUUUUUGGUGGGAAAAGUUAAUUAUCAUCUAACUUGCUUUAAAUACACGGGAGUCUUGUAAUUUUUUAAAAAUCAUUAACCUUUGAAUAACAAAUAUGUUUUUUAUCCUUUUUUUCUGACUACAUUUGAAAAUAAUAUAAAGGCAAUGGGCUUACGUAGACAGAUUUCAUAAUUUUAAUUGAAUUAUUCUUGUAUUUUUACAUACAUAUUUGAAUGUCUUGAUAAAGAUGUGUUAUGUUAGUGCUAGCUUAAUGUUUCAGAACAUUUUACUUCAGAAAAGACCCUAAAAUAUUGUCAUUUAAUUACGGCGAUUUCUGCUAAACAGGAUGUUCGUUAAGAAGCGAACAUUUCACUUACUA